CUUCCAAGCCAUCCGUCUUUUGAGCAACUCUUACAAUAGUGGACAACUAAACAACCUUUUCCUCUUUCUCAUCACUUUGGCCCAUUGGAUCCACGAUGUCGGUCCCUCUUGAAUGUCCCAAGCGAAAGGAAAUGCGCAGGGCCAUGCGUAGCCUGGAGAAGCACAUCAAAGGGCUGGAACCGGACCAUCAAAUUGAAAUAGACUCAGCUGAGAUCGGUCAAAUUCGGUUUUUGCCCAUGGUCCUGAAUGAGAACUCAAAAGAUCGACCUGCUUUUUUUACCCCUUUGGAUGGGAAUCUCCUGCCGACACCUGACGACCAAUAUGACCAGGAGUACGAGCAGGAAUAUCUUGCCCAUGAUUCAAUUUCAGAAGAAUGCAGAGAUCCAAAGACCUGCACGCAAGCAAUCGACAUCUACUGGUCUAGUUAUCUCUCCCACUAUUCCUUCAGCACCAAGCCCGCGGGCGGCGAAGUCGUAUGGUCUCCGGUCCAGCUGAUUUGGUCUCCUGUGUAUAAGGAAAGGGACCUCUUCCGGAUCGAGUACCCGGAGUUUGGAUUCUACGACAUCGAACGGGUCACAGAAGGGCCCUAUGCACAUCUCAAGGCUACAAUAUACAACAAUCUGAACGCCAAUGAUGGCCACAUCCUCCAAGGUGAACUGCUGCCCAUUCUACGUCUGAUGAAAGCCCACCUGAGAUGGGCCCGGUUCAUCGACCAUAUGGUUGCGCCAAUGAUGGUCUUUUCCUUAGUGGGGCCCCAGCAUGCCCGCGUGAUCGAAGCUUACCUGGAAGGUCAUACUCUUGUGGUUCGCCCCACCAAACUGUAUGAUCUUCGCACCAAGGAUGAGGCUACUCUCAAGAUGUUUGCCCAGUGGUAUUUUGGGAAGCCACGCGCCCCUACCGGCACUUCGCAGUAGGUCGGCUGACACAUUGUAUGUACGUUUUGUUUUGUCGUUUUUGGACUACGGCGCGUUGGAGGUAUCGGGAAUUGGAAUGGACAGGGAUGGCGUUUUCACGAUUACAUGAUGAAUGGAAGGAUACCCAAGGUAGG